UGAAAAACGAUUAGUCGGGGAUUGAAUGAUCGAAUUUCUUCCAGAAAAUGUCGAUCUCUUCGAUUAGUCGAUGAAAAUGACUGGUUGCUAGUUCUGAUUGGACAGUGUUUUAUGUUUUUUUUUUGAAGGAAUGAAUGGGACACGUGUGAUUUGUUGAUUGUGGGUUUGUUCGCGUUUUUUUUCGAGAUUUGUAGAGUCCUGGGGAUGAUGAGCACGUCAGGGCCACCUGUCAAGAGGCAUAAGCUGCAGUACGACUCGGAGGAGGAGGCCAGGUUAGAGAGAGUUGUCUUUGGGGAUGGACAGGACGUCAUCGAGAAGCUCCUGGAGGAAGAUGAAGAAGAGGAAAAUGAGAUAGUGGAUGAUGAAGAUGAGGACUCAGAGAAAGAAGAAAAUACCAGCGAAGAAGAGGCUGAAGAGUCUGAGGAAGAAACACCUGCAGGUGAACUCCAGGAAUUUUCAGGUGAAUCUGAAGAUGAGGCAGAUGAUACUGAGAGUUCUGGGGCUGAGUCUGAUGAAGUUGAAGAGAGUGGAGCUGCCUGGGUGGAUCCGGACGACAAAACCUACAAAUUAAACGACGUGGCGAACCCAAGACUGCACAUAAAGCACAGACCUGAGACGUACCUGCAGGAAUAUCUCCAGAAUAAAUUCACUAAAUUAGUUGGCACUCCCAAAUGGGCAGAAAUAAAAUCCCAGGAGGAAGGGGAUUCUGACUCUGAACACGAGGUGCUGAAGCACAGCAAUCACCUGGCCUCACUGAAGACGAAAAAAUUGGCGAAGGGAGUGAUAGAGAUUAAAGCCCUAAAAAAUAUAAACAGCGAAACACAGAACGAGGGGCCCUUCGUUACAAAUCUCAGAUUCCAUCAAACCUCGACGGUUGCCUUUGCGGCUGGUCUUGCUGGAGUUGUUUCCAUUUUUCAAAUCGAUGGGAAGGAGAACAAGAAACUUCAGAGUAUCCGGUUUGAUAAAUUCCCGGUGGACUGCGCCAGGUUCUUGAAGGAUGGCACUGAGAUCGUCCUCGGGUCCAAAUACAAGAAUUACUGUCAGAUUUAUGAUCUGAUGAGUGGAAAGACGUACAAAGCACAGCUGCCACAUACUGUCACUAAUGCUAAGAAAUUCGAGGUCUCUCCCGAUGGAAAAAUAAUGGCAGUUGCUGGAAGAACUGGAGAAAUCUACCUUCUGAGUGGUCUCACCAAAGAAUUGAUAGCCACAAUAAAGAUGAAUAGCAAAUGUAACACCCUGGCCUUCACCCCGGACAGUAAAACACUGAUAACUCACGGAAACAGCGAGGAGAUCUACGUCUGGGACAUGAAAAGCAGAAGAUGCAUUCAUCGAGCAGUGGACGACGGGUGUCUGGCCUCGGGGGCAAUCGCUGUCUCUCCCAGUGGGCAAUUCCUGGCAACUGGCAGCAAGCAGGGGGUCGUCAACGUUUAUGACACGAAAAAUGUCCUCGAGAGUAGAUUGCCUCAGCCUCUGAAGAUCGUUUUGAACCUGGUGACUCCCAUCUCAGCCCUGAGGUUCAAUCCAACGUCAGAAAUUUUGGCCAUGGCCUCUCUCCACAAGGAGAACGCCUUCAGGAUGCUCCAUCUCCCGUCGUUGAAUGUUUUCUCCAAUUUUCCGACUUUUCAGACAGUCAUGCAUAAUCCUCUGGACAUCGAUUUUUCACCCAACAGUGGAUAUAUGGGAAUUACGAAUAAUAAAAAUAAUGCGUAUUUGUACAGACUUAAACAUUAUGGGAAUUAUUGAGGUAAUAAACUAUUGUUGCUCAAUUUUUUACAAGUA